CUUCAGGAUGGCCCACAAAAUGGAAUCAAUAGCAAAGAAGAUGUUUAAAGGAAUUUUAGUAGCUGAAUUGAUGGGCAUUUUUGGAGCUUAUUUUUUGUUUAAUAAAAUGAAUACAAGUCAAGAUUUCAGGCAAACAAUGAGCAAGAAAUUUCCCUUCAUCUUGGAAGUUUACUAUAAAGCCAUCGAACAGUCUGGAAUGUAUGAAAUCAGAAGGCAAGAUCAAGAGAAAUGGUUGAAUAGCAAAAAUUAA